AUGUCUGCCACAUCUGGAGUCAACGUCCUCCGGUACUCGGCCCUCGGCGUGGGGAUUUUCUACGGGUUCUACCACCAACGGACGCUCAGCGCGGCCCAGAAGGUGGCAGAGAGGCAGCAGGAAUAUGAGCACAAGCAGACAUUAAUAAACAAGGCCAAGGAGGCAUACGCAAAGUCGAAGCAACCUGCGUCUGCCACUACCGGAGGAUUGAACCAGGACCCAAUGGACCCGAAGUUCGACAUGGAGUCGUAUUUCAACGCGCUGGUUGAGGCAAAACCGUAA